ACUCUUCGGAGCCGAGCUCUUUGUAGUUAAGUCGAAGCUUUGUAGCUAAGAUGGGUCCCCAUCGCAGCGACGUGGUGCUCCAUGCGUCUCCCCCUGAGAGCCACGCUUACUUCAGCGAGCACGCGAUGACUGAAGCUGAAACCAGGAAAAUCAAGCAACUGCUCGACGAACAUGGACAAGAACAUCUUCUGCAGUUUUGGGAUGAGCUCAACGAAAAACAACGAGGCCAACUUGUCGCUGACAUCCACUACGUGGAUAUCGCGAGAUGCAUGGCCGCCUUCUCGAACGUUAUGGUACCGAAUAAAGAGGAGAACCUGGAUGAACUCCUAGAACCAGUUCCAGCCGAAAAGUUCGGCUCAAUCGCUCGCGCGUCCAAAGAUGAGCUCGCCGCAUACCGGAAAGCGGGGCUCGAAGCAAUUUCCCGGGGCGAGGUCGCUGCGCUGCUCUUGGCUGGCGGUCAGGGAACACGUCUGGGAGUGCCUUAUCCCAAAGGAAUGUACGACGUUGGUUUACCGUCCGGGAAAACCCUGUACAAUUUACAGGCGGAACGACUCAUAAGAUUGGAGGAGCUCUCUGAGCGUCAAACCGGAAAACGCGGUAGCAUCCCCUGGUACAUCAUGACCAGCGAGCACACGAAAGAACCGACGAUCGAAUACUUUGAGAAAAACGGUUUCUUCGGCCUCGAGGGUGACAAUCUGGUGGUGUUCGAGCAAAACAUGAUGCCCAGCUUCACCUUCGACGGAAAAAUCAUUCUGGAGAAGAAACACCGCUUAGCUCUCAGCCCGGACGGGAAUGGUGGGCUGUAUAACGUUCUAUACAAGCGCGCCAUCCUCGAGGACAUGAAGAAGAGAGGAAUCAAGUUCAUACACGUCUAUUGCGUCGACAACAUACUCGUCAAGAUCGCCGAUCCCACUUUCAUCGGAUUCUGCAUGAGCAAAGGAGCAGACUGUGCUGCCAAGGUUGUGAAAAAGGCUACUCCUACAGAGGCCGUCGGAGUGGUGUGCCGAGUGAACGGACGCUAUCAAGUGGUCGAGUACUCCGAGAUCUCCGCCGAAACAGCUCAAAAGAGAAAUUCGGACGGCAGUCUGACUUUCGACGCCGGCAACAUAUGCAAUCACUUCUUUACGUUCGACUUCCUGACUCGAGUGUCCGGCAAAAAAGCGCUCAAGUACCACAUCGCGAAGAAGAAGAUCCCGUACCUGAACAAUGAGGGCCAAGUGACGAAGCCCGAGAAACCCAACGGCAUCAAACUCGAAAUGUUCGUGUUCGACGUCUUCGAAUAUUCCGAUAACUUCGCUGUUUGGGAGGUUCUUCGAGAAGACGAGUUCUCGCCCCUGAAGAACGCGGACGGUGCCGAGAAGGAUACGCCGACGACUUGUCGGCAUCACCUGUACGACUUACAUCAUAGAUACAUUGUCAAUGCGGGAGGGACUUUCAUCGAUGAAAAUGGAGCUCCCAUCGCCUUGAUUCCGUCUUCCAAUAGAGCUGUAAAGAGUGAGAAAGAGGUUCACGAGCCGAUAGUGUGUGAAAUUUCCCCGUUGAGAUCGUAUGAUGGAGAGCUCCUCGAGGAUCUCGUGAAAGGGAAACAAUUCCGAGCGCCACUACACUUGACCCUGGACUCCUGAGAUACUUCCGGCCUGGAAUUUCCCUAGAAUUUCUACGAUAAAUCACACGUUAUGCGAAUCAUGAAUCCUUAGUUUUCUCUUUUUAGACCUGCAGCCUCAACCUUUCACAUCCUCACUGGAAUCUAGAAUCAAAUUCUUUCAUGAGUAUCUCCAUCGUAUCGCGGGAACGUA